AUGGCGGACGACAAGGGGGGUGAGGAUAAGGGAGAGAGCAAAGGGGAGGGUAAGGGGGAGGGCAAGGGGGAGGAUAAGGGGGAGAGCAAAGGGGAGGAUAAGGGGGAGGGCAAGGGGGAGGAUAAGGGGGAGAGCAAAGGGGAGGAUAAGGGGGAGGGCAAGGGGGAGGAUAAGGGGGAGGGCAAGGGGGAGAGAAAGGGGGAGGAUAAGGGGGAGAGCAAGGGGGAGAUUAAGGGAAAGGAUAAGGGGGGGAACAAGGGGAAUUUUAGGAGGCCUAUUAGAGAUGAAGGUGGGAGCCAUGGUGGGAGCGGACGUGGGAGCGGAGUGGAGAGAGGUUUUGAAUGCAGAAAGAGCAGCAGCAGCAGCAGCAGCAGCAGCUGCAGCGGCGGCGGCGGCGGCGGCGGCGGGAGCAGCACGAUGGGGCAGGCACUUUGGGAACCGAUCUGGGAGGAGGAGGGGAACCAUGCUCAAAGAUUUGAAGGGGGCGCGCAAGGGGGAGGGCACGGGGGAGCGCAAGGGGAAGUUCAACGGGGAGGACAAGGGGGAAGCCAAAGGGCAGAGCGCGGUGGGGGGCAAGCUGUGCACAGGGAAAGCGGGGGUUUGGGGGGAAUCGGCGGAGAUGAGAGGGGGGAGACAGUCCACAGGGCGGGGGGAGCGGAGAGAGCUGAGAGGCGGAAGAGGGCUGCGGAAAGCAAGAGGAAUGAGAGAGCGCGGGCAGGGCAGGGGUCACAGGCGAGUGACAGCAGCGGAGAAGAGCACGGCGGAGGGGGGAGAAGAGGCGGACGCAAGGGAAGCAGGUGCAGGGCAAGCGAGGGAGCCGGGGAAAGUGGCGGAACCCGGGGAAGCGAGGGAGGCGGGGGGAGCGGGGACAGGGAGAGCAGCGGGGAGCUGUGGAGAUGGGGAAGGGUGGAGAGAGCAGCGUAUCUGGUACAGGAAGCCAUGGCGGGGCGAUGGGUGCCUCUGGAGGCGGUGCGAGAGGAGGGCGGAGGGGCGGCUGCUCAAUGGGUUGCGUGGUACCGGCGGGGGGAGGGCGUGCGCGCCGCCAUGGUGCUGGCGCUGCUGCUGCUGCCCUUUUUUGAGGCGGUGUGUGUGGCAACGGCUCUAGGCUUUCUUUCCCUGCAGCACUGCAUCCUGGGGGGCCCUUCCUUCUGGCGCAACCACGUCGCCCUGUACAAGCUCACAGCAGCACUGGGGAUCAUCGUUGACCGGGUUUGCUCCUCCCUCCUGCAUCAUCUCGCCCCGCACCUAGCGGCCCGCAUCCUUCCUGUGCCCAUCGCGCCCUACCUUCGUGUCAUGCUCGCCAUUCUCUUCAGCAGGGCAAUUCGAGGCUGUUUCCGCACCACACUGCGCAUCAUCGCUUCGUUCCUUGACAUUGCGAUCCUGCUUACAGUCUUCGUGGUAUCAUUCGCAUGGCUCGCCUACGUUAUCUUUGGCUUCCCUCUUCAAGAAACAACCACCACCACCAUUACCACCACCGAAGCCGUCACCGCCACCGCAAUCAACCCCACUUCGCCUCUCUCUACAUCCUCCUUCUCCACGUCAUUCUCCUCCUCACCAUCCCCCGCCUCUCCUCCCCCUUCUCCUCCCCCUUCUCCUCCCCCUUCUCCUCCCCCUUCUCCUACCCCCUCCCCCUCAGCCUUCUCCUCUCUCCCCGCAUCUCUCCGGGCCAUGUGCGUCCGUCCCUUUAGUCUGCUUGUUGUUCCCAUUCCUUGGCUUCUCUCUAACCACCCCCUCUCCCCUCUGCUUCCUCUCCGUCCACCCACCCCUUUUCCCUCUCCUUCCUUUCCAUCCGUUAACCCCUUUGCCUCUCCUUCCUCUCCAUCCACCCAAUCCCUUCCCCUCUCCUUCCUCUUCUUCGCCUCCUACCUCGCGCUCGGUCUCUUCUUCAUGAACCUCGUUCUCUCUGUCAUCUACUCCUCCUAUAGCUCCCAGGUGCGUCCGUCCUUCCAUCCCUUUGGUUUGCUUGCCAUUUCCUCUCCUUUGCGUCUUUCGGUCUAUCCAACUCUUCCCCUCUCCUUCCUCGCCCCACCCCUUCUGCUCUCUUUCCUCGCCCCACCCCUGCCCCUCUCCCUCUUUUUUGCCGCCUACCUCGUGCUCCGUCUCUUCUUCAUGAACCUUGUUCUCUCUUUCAUCUACUCCUCCUAUCGCUCCCAGAUGGCAGUGUGGGAGCGCAAGCAGGUGACAGCAAGGGAGGCGUGUCUGCAGGAGGCCUUUACUCUCCUGGACGACAGGAGGCAGGGGUGGGUGUCUGCUCGAACCAUCACACAGCUGCUCCGAGCCAUGGAGCCAUUCAAUUUACUGAAUAAUCACCAAGUGCUUUCCCACUCUUGCUACCUCUCCACCCCUCUCUCACCUCCGCACCCCACUGCCCCCCCUCUCUCCCGCCCCCCUCCCCUCCGCCCUCUUCUCUCUCCUCCUUCACACCAGGUCGCACCCACACGGUGCAAGGCACAUGGCGUCUCUCUUUUUCCGCCUGGACACACGGGGCGACCUGCGCAUCUGGGCAGACGAGUUCCAGGGGCUGUGCCACACCUUGGCGCAGCGCACCAGGCCUCCCUCAUUGAGGCGCAGUUUUCACUGGACUCGGAACACAUACCAUCUCUCCUUCACUUCCUCAAACGCCACUUUGUGCCGUCGCAUCCACACGGUGCAAGGCACAUGGCGUCUCUCUUUUUCCGCCUGGACACGCGGGGGGACCUGCGCAUCUGGGCAGACGAGUUCCAAGGGCUGUGCCACGCCCUGGCGCACCAGGCCUCCCUUCUUGAGGCGCCUCCGAAGCAAUGGUUCCAAGGGUGGUUGUGGGGCGGCAUGGGGCAGCUGUUGCACGCGUCCGUUCUUGAGGCGCCUCAGACACAGCAGUUUCAAGGGCUGUGGGGUGGUAUGGGAAUGAAACACCAGGCACGGGAGGUGCUGGCUACAGGAGAAAGGGGAUGGGGCGAAGGGGAGGGGCGAGGGGAAGAGGCAUCCCUUACGUCGUGUGUCAUGAUCCCUUCUCCGUCCCAGUCUUUACCCAUCCUCCGUGCACGUGUCCAUUGUCCCUCUCACUCGCAGGGCAUCACUGGUAUCGAUCCGUCACUCCUCAUUGCCGCACAGGUCUUGGCAGGCCAAGCAUGCCUCCACAUCUCUCUGACGCGCUACACUGGUUGCAAGCUGCACUGCUCUUCCGCUGCCUCCCCCUCCUCCCAUUCUCCCACUACCUCCCUCGUCUACACCUCCUCCUCUCCUCCCUCGCUACCCUCCUCCCCUCCAUCCUCCCCAUCCUCGCCCUCCUCUUCACCACCCUCUCCCUCUUCUCACUCGCCGGUAUGCACCUCUUUGGCGGCCUCCUCUCCUCACACCACCCCCAGCUUCAAACCACAGACUACUUUCAAUCUGGCUUCCUCCCACUCAAUUUCAAUGACUUCCCGGCUUCGAUGGCCGUGGCUUUCAACCUGUGUAUCGUAA